AUGCUCGCCGAUCUGAACAAGAAAUACCUCGAUACUCUGGAAAAUCGUCCUCUAGCCACCAAGGCGCUUACUGCAGCAGUCCUAAAUGCACUCAACGAACAGCUAGCCACCUACUUUGCUGGAGAAUCCAGAAACACCACCAUCAAGAUCGGAUCCCAAGAGGUGCAGCUCUCGCACUCCGUCACAAAACGCGUCCCUUUGAUGUUCUUCUAUGGCCUUCUAAUCAAUGGGCCUUUUACCCAUUACGCGUACAAACUGCUGCACUUAGUUUACCGUCCGCCGAUGGGCCCAAGAAAAAGACUAGCCCAGAUCCUCACCUCCAUGGUUACCAUCACGCCAGCCAUUUCUGCGCUAAUGAUCUCCUAUAUCUCGCUGAUCUCCAACAUUAAUGUCGCGAAUAUAAAGGAUCUGACCUCUGCCAGAGCCGAGCUGCUGGACGUGCUUAAGAAAGUCAAGGUUUCGCUCCAGAAAUCGCUAGUCUCGGUGAUUCGUUCUUCGUGGAUCUCCAGCCCGAUCUUCAUGCUUGUGGCCCAGAGUUUCCUCAAGCCAAACCAAUGGGCCGUGUUCUUCAACUUCUGCUACUUUGUGCUGGGCACCUACAAUAAUACCAUAAUCAAGCGUAAGCAAAAGGAACAGAAAUCGGACGCGGAGAAACAAGAAUGA